AUGGUGAAAACGCGCUCUAUUGAGAAUCGAGUCGUGUACUCCACGAGGAGAAGAAUAUCGUCGACCGACGCUUCUCCCUCCAACAGAUUCGUGGCGACGACGACGUCACGCUUCUUCUUCUUCUUGACGACGACAGGAGUGGAACUCUCACUACUCUUCUUCUUUCUGGAGACUUCUGGAGUCGGUGGUGGCGAGACGUCUUCUGGCUCCAUGACGUCCUCGACGUCAACGUCUUCAGGAGAUUCUGGAGAUUCUGGAGCCUCCUCAGAAUCCACUUCAAUCGUCGUCUCCUCCUUCUGGAGAAUCAACGUCUUCUUCACCGUCUUCACAUUGGCCAAAUCCGACGUCCGUGGUCGUGACGUCACAUCGCUCAGAGCUUUCAGACGAUAUCCUCUUACCAUAGGAAUCAACGAGUAUUUCGCAUUGAGACAGAGAGAUCUCAACGCGGUGAAUGCAGCCGAACGAGUAGUCGACGGAUUCCGAAUUCCCAUUUCAAUGACUCGAAUGAUAUCUUUCCGAUCGACAGACAAUCGUUUAUCGACAUUCGAUUUGUCGACUCUCGGAGCAUAUCCAAGUGACACUGCGAGCACUUCGAAAAGAAGACACGUUAGAGAGUCUUAUGAAGUGUUUGAAGCUGAAAAUAUCUGA